AUGGCCGACGUAACACAGAAAACCAACAAACCAUUCGGUAUUUCCCAGAUCAAGGCUUAUAUUCCAAUCACCCUUGACAUGACCAAGAUGAACUACGACGUCUGGAGAGAAUUGUUUGAGACUCACUAUCUUACAUUCGGCGUUCUUGGUCACCUCAACGGCUCGUCUACUGCAACUCCGGCAACAAAACAGCAGUGGACAGAACACGAUGGACUAGUUAAAAUGUGGAUCUACGGCACCAUCUCUGAAUCAAUCCUCAACACUGUUCUCAAAACCAAAGCCACUGCCCGUGAGCUUUGGCUCACCAUCGAAGAGCUCUUCUGCGACAACAAAGACGCCCGCGCUAUGCAGUAUGACACAGAACUGCGGACCCUCACGAUUGGCGAUUCCAGCAUAGCAGAGUAUUGCAAACGCCUCAAGACACUUUCUGAUCUCCUCGCCAACGUCGACUCACCUGUUACCGACCGUCAGCUCGCCAUGUACAUGCUGAACGGUCUGACGGACAAAUUCAACUCCAUCAUCAACGUGAUCAAGCACAAGACUUUAUACCCUUCUUUCACUGUCGUUCGCUCAAUGUUACAAUUGGAGGAGGACCGUCUCUCCAAGCAUGUGAAACAUGUCGUUAGCCCACCAUCAAACACAUCAUCGCCAAACAUCCUCUACACAACUACCGAUCAACACUAG